AGGUACACGUGCUUCCGGUUUGUAAUGUUUUGAUUUGACUCCCGUUAGAAGUUAUCAGUUAAUAUCCUCCAGUUUAAGAGAUGAAUGAAAAAGGCGCUUUGAGUUGACAUUUGACUAUGAUGUCAUGGAUGAAACACCUGGCCUGCCACCUGGGACACACCCAAUGCCGGAGAGUCUCCCACCAAGUGUUGCAUGGUCGGGGAACAAUCUUUGCCCUUUCGUCCGGUCACGGCAGGGCAGGAGUUGCUAUUAUCAGGGUCUCCGGACCUUCCACAUCAGAAUCACUUCGACAGAUGGUGAGAAGAAUCCCUCCACCUCGGAAAGCAGCUCUUCGAAGGAUUUACCAUCCACAAUCCACAGAAGCGAUAGACAAGGGACUCGUGCUCUGGUUUCCAGGGCCCCGGAGCUUCACAGGUGAGGACUGUGCAGAGUUCCAGGUGCACGGCGGUGCUGCUGUUGUGACAGCGAUGCUGACGGCGCUUGGGGAGCUCCCUGGUUUCCGCCAUGCUGAAGCUGGAGAGUUCACAAAGAGGGCCUAUAUGAAUGGUCAGCUGGACCUGAUGGAGGUGGAGGGUCUGUCGGACCUGAUUUCGGCGGAGACGGAGGCACAGAGGCGCCAAGCUCUACGCCAGAUGGAGGGCGACCUGGGCAAUAUGUACAUGGCUUGGAGGAGGAGGAUCAUCAAGUGUCUUGCCAAUGUGGAGGCAUAUAUAGACUUCAGUGAAGACGAGAAUAUUGAAGAUGGCGUUUUACAUCAUGCAAGAUCAGAGGUAAAAGUGAUGGUCGGCGAAAUGAAAAGCCAUCUCCAUGACAACCGUAGAGGGGAACGGUUACGAUCUGGUGUACGUGUUGCGAUCAUUGGAGAACCAAAUGUAGGCAAGAGCAGCCUGCUGAAUGUACUUAGUCAGCGACCGGCUGCCAUUGUCUCCCCAAUUGCUGGCACAACGCGGGACGUGGUCGAGACGGCUCUCAACAUCGGCGGGUACCCGGUGCUCCUGAGUGACACUGCGGGGCUUCGAGAGACAGGGGAUGCUGUGGAGAAGGAGGGGGUACGACGAGCAGUAGAGAGGGCGAAGCAAGCAGAUAUCAAAAUAAUUCUUGUGGAUGCGACAACAUUUUCUUUGGAUCACACAAAUUUUGAAGUGGACAAAUUUGUAAGUGACCAUUUGCAUGACCUUGGAGUGACUGACAGAACUAAGCAAGAAGACCGUGAAGCAGGGAGACAGAUGGCGGUUGCUGAAGAUGCUGUACAGCAGAGUGAGGACAGACACACAGUGCUGGUGGUCAACAAGUGUGAUCUGCUGCCCUCCUGGAACCCACCCUGUCCUGCAGGGGAUGUUCCCACAGCAGCUCUGUCCUGUACGACGGGGGCAGGAAUGAAAAACUUUAUAAACCUGCUUGCAGAGAGGGUAAAACUUGCAUGUGGGAAUCCUCUGUCUGGCAACCCAAGUCUGACCAACGCCCGCCAUCGUCACCAUCUCACUCAGUGUGUCAGCCAUCUUGAAUCCUACCUCAAUCUGGAGCAGGACACAGAUGUUGUUCUUUCUGCUCACCAGCUUCGAAAGGCAGCUCGGGAACUUGGGAAAAUCAGUGGGAAGAUAACUUCAGAAGAUAUUUUGGACAUUAUUUUCAAGGAUUUUUGUAUUGGGAAAUAGAUAUUUAAAUUUAUA